GAGUUUGAAGAGUUAGAAAUAGAUGGUACCCGCGUUUGAAAUCCUUCUGAAAUAUUCUCAAUUUUUAUCGGAUCUCUCUCUGCCUAAACAUGUAAACACGGUACCGCGUAUUCAACCCCCAAGUAUUUGUAGUUUCCUUGAUCGUUAGUUAAUUAGUUAGGUCAAAAUAAUAUCAUUUGAACAUAAUUCAAUUGCCCAAAUCUUUGAUUAUUGUGUCAAGAAAAGAAAUGAAGAAAAAUCAAGGGUGUUGUUUUCCAUUCCUGAGAUUGCCAUCAGGUAAAGACAGUAAAACUCAAGGUCUCAUCAAAGAAACUGACAAGAACAGGAAUCAGAACAAGAAGAAUAAGUAUGACAAAAUUGAGGAUGAUGGUGGUUCAGUUCCUAACAAUGAUGGGAGCUGCAGCAGCGGUAGCAACGGCAAAAUGAUUAAUGCCGCUGCUAAGAUAUUCACAUUUCAAGAGCUUGCUAUUGCUACCAAAAACUUCAGAGAAGAGUCUGUUGUGGGUGAAGGAGGUUUUGGGCGUGUGUACAAGGGUUAUUGUUUCGGGAGUGACGGGGAACAGGUAGAAGUUGCAGUGAAACACUUGGACAGGAAUGGGAUUCAAGGAAACAAAGAAUUUGUGGUGGAAGUUCUGAUGUUAAGCCUCUAUCAACAUCCUAAUCUUGUUAAUAUGGUUGGCUACUGUGCUGAAGGGGAUGAACUACUCCUCGUCUACGAGUUCAUGCCUUUGGGGUCUCUGGAAUAUCAUCUACAUGAUAUUUCACCAAACGAGGCCCUGAACUGGAAUACAAGGAUGGAGAUAGCACUUGGUGUAGCUAAAGGCUUAGAGUACUUGCAUGAUAAAGCCAACCCACCAGUGAUUCAUAGGGACUUGAAGGCUUCUAAUAUCCUUCUAGGUCAAGAUUAUCAUCCAAAGCUUUCAGAUUUUGGUCUCGCAAAGCUUGGUCCUGUUGGUGAGAACAGCCACAUUACUACUCGAGUUGUGGGAGCCUAUGGUUAUUGUGCUCCAGAGUAUGCUAGUACUGGUCGACUCACUUUUAAAUCUGAUAUCUACAGUUUUGGUGUUCUCUUGCUUGAACUCAUCACCGGACGAAAGGCGAUUGACUUUUCCCUGCCAGCUGAAGAGCAUACUCUGGUUAACUGGGCAAGACUAUUGUUGAAAGAUCCUAGGAAGUUCCCACACAUGGUAGACCCACAACUGCAAGGCUGCUAUCCUACAAGUGGCCUUAACAGAGCUCUAGCUCUUGCAGCUUUAUGUGUACAACAGGUAGCUACAAAACGACCUCCCAUGCGGGAAGUUGUGGCUGCUCUUUCACGUUUAACUUCUCGAACUUAUGGAAGAGCUCCAUCUCAACAAAACUAACCUAGCCAGCCGUCAAGUAACAAGAAUAAUAAAGAAAGCCUGGGUGAAGGUGGGGCAUAAGGUGAAGAAAUGAGUUAUGAAAACUCAACCAGAAUUUACUCAAAUCUCGGUCAGAUAUUGACUCAAGACGCAUAAUUACCUGAGCAGAAGUUGUCCAGAGCAACAAUAAAAAUAACACUGAGACUUCAUUGACAAAAAAAACAAAAAUUACCAUUUAGCUAUGUUCUUCAUGGGUGACAUUUGUGUGAUUUGACGCCAAUAAAGUACGAGCAGGAUAAACAAACCAUCCAAAGUUCAUAAAUAAGCUGGAGUCAAGAAACAGUAAUGCUGCAGAAAAUUAAAAAUGCCCCAAGAUAUUCAAUGCAGUUUCCAAAUGCAGAGUACAACAAAAGACAGGACAUAACAUGUUGAUUUUACUUUUGGUGCAUGUUGUUGAAAGCAAACAAUGGAGAGGGAAGUGAAGAACAAAGUAUAUGUGUAAUCCAUACAUGUAAAUAUGAAAUUUUGCUAUUGUCGCUACACUUCCAGUCACUUGUUCAUUUUUGUUCCCUACAUAACUGAAUUUUCUCAAUUUGAGAGGUACCCAAGAUUAUGUCUACCAGAGAGUCAGAGUGCCAGGAAUAUUACACCCUUUGUAACUCA